AUGGUCCGAAAGAUUAUCUCAUACUCUGGCGGUUCUCUUAUUUCAUCUAUAAAGAUCUAUCUCUUUAGUCCCAGACUGGAACACUCCUAUUUGGUUUCCUUUCUACACGAAUAGUUCAUCACUCUUCUUCCCCAUAACGAAGACAAUUCCGAUGUUGAUCGUACACCGUCGCGCCUUUCUGAAGAAAUGCUAUUAAUGUGAGUGGAGCAUCAUCUCGAGUUUCAUUCGUCACUGUGAAUUCGUUUGAUCCUGAAGCUACCGGGUUUUCGUGGUCAUUUAUUCGAGCUGACACCUCUCAACGAAGAAUUUGAUCGUUUGGAAGUCAGCUUGUGAAUCUGGGUUUCUGCUUGGAUCUUUUCUCUUUUUGACUGCCGAUUAUCAUUCACUCUAAAUAUAAUUAAUAAAGCCUUAAUUUCUUAUUUUUAUUUUUAUUUUUACCCGUAAGCUAAUGAAUUUCUUAUCUCUGAUUCAAAAGCAGCCGAUUUCCUUGAAGGAUUCUUUUCCUCUUUCCCAGGAUGGAUAUGGAUCAAACAUCGAUUUGAAAAAAAAAUUGGUGCCUUUCUGGAAAAGAAUCAUGACGGAUUCCACUCCGGUCUCUUUUUUUGGGUGGAAUCCGAAAAUUCCCCCGAAAUUUUUUGUUUCAUUGUUCUUCAUCAUUCACCAAAGGGCACUGAUUUCAAGUAUCAUCUUCAGGGAGGAAUCCGUGAUCUGAAUCGGUUCUUGCACGACCCCUAAUCAUAUAUCGACCUGCAAGGAUUUCAACGAUUUCCCUUCACAAUCAUGCGAUUAAUUCCCAUCAUCAUCUUCGAUUCCUCCAGGGACGGCAGCGCUGGUAAUCAACCCACCGAAUCCAGAAACCCCAUCCGCCCGGCCCCAUUUAUGCAGCACUCCAAAGCUCCAACCGACGAGAAGUCCGAGAGCCGACUGUACAUUGGGAAUCUUGACCAGAGGAUAACAGAGUAAGUGAGAGAGAGAGAGAGAGAGAGAGUUACUAUUUUUGUUUUUGACUGCGGCAAUGUUCGGUCCUCCAGGUCGGCCAUACUGAAGAUGUUCGCUCCGUUCGGGAACAUCGUGUCGGAGGACUUCCUGUGGCACACUCGCGGCCCCAAGCGGGGAGAACCCAGAGGCUACGCCUUCAUCCAGUACAGCACCAAAGAGGUAAAAAUAAGUCAAAGACCUCAGUUCUCUCUUUCUCUCUCUUCCUGAAUCCUUCCUCGCUCCGGUGGCUGGCUGAUCAUCUCCAUUUGAAGUGAGGAAGCAGGAGGCUCAACUGGCCAAGGCCAGGAUGGACGGACGCUUGGCCUGCGGCCGCCCCCUGGUCGUCCACUUCGCCAACGAAAAGUACUUUGCGGAGACCAACACCAUGAAAUCCGCCGCCGCCGCCGCCGCCGCCGUGGACCGGAAGAGCGUCACCGCCGGCGGCGGUGGGGGCGCCAGCUCGUCGGGCCAGACCAGCCGCGCCGCCACGAUCGCCGCCAUUAGGAGCAAGCUCAAGUCCCUGGAAGAAGAGCGCGCCGGCGGCAAGAAGCCGCGAUUAUCUGAGAACCCCCCCCCACAAGGCCAAUGA